CCUCAAGUGACCGUCAUUUGUUUUUAGGCUAAUUUGAUGGAAAACCAUUUCGGAUUGUUCUCUAACUCCUUCUUGUUUUGUUUUUUUGUUUUUUUGGUCCGUUUGCUGAUUGGAUGUAAAUGUUACGCGCGGGUGCUGACUCUAGCGAGCAAAGCCGUGUAAACUUCAGAAAACUUCUGCGCAGAGAUGAAGUCGUCCCGCUUUAUAUGCGUUGUGCCGGUCCUUCUUUGGACGGUUGAAGGUCUGAUACGAGAAUACAUCGACACUCAGCUUUCUAUGAACUGGACGGAUGCUCAGAAUUACUGUGCGAACGUGUACAGAGGCCUGGCUGUCGUCACGAGCAAAGAAGAAUACCAAAGGUUGCGGGAGGUCGCAGGAAGCGAUGGUAGCGGCUGGAUCGGGAUGUACAGGAGCGUGAGAAAUUCAAGUGUCUGGCUGUGGAGUGACGGGAAAGAGUACUCUUACUUUCUGUGGAUGACUGGCCAGCCUAACAAUAUCAAUAAAACUCAAGAUUGUGUUCUGAGCAACCCGAGGGGCUGGAACGAUUACUUCUGCUGGGACGUUCUGCCGUUUUACUGUUACAGGUUCAUAAUCUUGGUUGAAGAGAAGAAGACAUGGGAGCUGGCGCUUGAUUACUGCAGGACUCACUACAAGGACAUGGCCUCUCCAGUCUCCGAGAGUCAACUCCAGCUGGCCGAGCAGGAGGCCGUGCAGAACCAAAUGGACCGCGUGUGGACAGGGAUGCGCUUCCUGGAUGGAAACUGGUACUGGGUGAACGGAAAACAACUGGACAGCACGGCCUCGGUGCCCCCGUGCCCCGCUUCACCCUACCGCUGUGGAGCUCGUAACGUCAAGACACACGUCUGGGAGAACAGACAGUGCGGCGAGCAGCUUCCUUUCCUCUGUUUCGGGUGAGAUGGCUUUGUACGAGCAGGACAGUCUGAAUUUUGCCUGAAGAAGAAACUGAUGCGAGUUACACAGCAUGUCCUGAAGUCAAUUUAUUCCUCUUAUACAACAGCAGUUUGCUAACGAUUCCAUUUCUAUAUUAAUUAUACUCAUAGAGGACGCAUCAUGCCUUUGAUUCAUUUAUGGUUGCAUUAAAUGUUGUGAAACGUCAUGCCAAACAAAUUCUCUCUUACAUUAUCGCAGCUAUAAACAGUCGAUCCCUCACUAGCCUCUUUUUUUCUCUCUCACGGAUAAAAAAAAAACAAAACACGAGAAACUGAAAAUUUUCAACUCUUCUGUCCUGAAGAUGUCAGAAAACGUUACGGAAACCGUAUGAAAAGCAGACUGUUACGCCGCGCUGACACUGGAGACUCCUUCGAUAAAUGCUAAAUGAACACCUUCUUAAAGAAAACGUCACCAUAUCGACAAUUGUGUUUUUUUUUUUUUUGUUUUUUUU